UAAACACCUUGCCCUCAUGUUUGUGUGAGUGUCUUCUCUAGAAAAAUAAUUAUUACAAAUGGGAGCACUCGAUUACAUCUUCUACUUUUGCACCGUUCCAACCACAAAAAGAAAACUCAAAUCAAUGCAGACAGUUGAGAUUAAAGUCAAAAUGGAUUGUGAUGGAUGUGAACGAAAGGUUAGAAAUGCAGUCGCUACAAUGAGAGGAGUGAAAUCAGUGAAUAUAAACAGAAAAGAAAGCAAAGUAAGCGUGAAUGGUUAUGUGGAUGCAAACAAGGUGUUGAAGAGGGUAAAAGAAACGGGUAAAAAAAGAGCAGAAUUUUGGCCAUAUGUUCCACAACAUGUAGUCACAUAUCCGCAUGCUUCGGGUGUGUAUGAUAAAAGGGCACCUCCCAAUUGUGUCCGAACCUCUCAAACUUUUCCUACUUCUUCACAAGACACUCCAGAUCAACUCUUGAACUUCUUCAAUGAAGACAACGUUAAUUCAUGCUCCAUCAUGUAACAAUAACACAACAACUUUAUUUGGUGGAAAAAAGAGUCAAUUAUAUGGUGGAAACUCAGGUGAAGUUGAUAGUUGAGAGCCGUUAAAUGAUUUGACCAAUUUGACUAAAUUUUCAUCUAACGGUUCUCACCUAUCAACUUCACGUGAAGUCGACUGCACCUGAAUUUUCACCCAAUUAUAUAUACAGAGGAUGUACCUUUUUUUUUUUUAUCACGUAUGGGAUUUUGGUAGUUUCGGCUUAUAAUAAUUUUAGUGAGUUUCAAAUAAAUAAGUCUUUUUUUUUUCUCUUUUUGAUAA